UCUCCUCUAUGAAGACAGGAAAACCCAAAUACCCACCCUCCAGCCUCCGUGACAGCCAACUGACAUGGUUAUAGCCAAUGAGAUGUCAGCAGAAGCCUGCUGAGGGGGCUUCUGGAAGAAUUUUUAUUUCCCUAAUGACUUCCUGCCGUCCUGGGUAGAAUGCCGGGUGCUGUGGCUACCAUCAUUGGACAACCAUGAGGUGACAAAUAGCCUAAACUGUCUAGCCCAUGUUUUCAACCUGAGUGCUGGCUCUCUUCCUGCUAGAAAAGCUCCAAGUUCAAUUGGAUUCUAUUAAGCACGCCCGUCCUCAAAGUCCCGUCCUCAAAGUCCCAUCCUCGCCAUGGCUCCCGGAGAGAAGAUCAAAGCCAAAAUCAAGAAGAAUCUGCCCGUGACGGGCCCUCAGGCGCCGACCAUUAAAGAGCUGAUGCGGUGGUACUGCCUCAACACCAACACCCAUGGCUGCCGCCGCAUCGUGGUGUCCCGCGGCCGUCUGCGCCGCCUCCUCUGGAUCGGGUUCACACUGACUGCCGUCGCCCUCAUCCUCUGGCAGUGCGCCCUCCUCGUCUUCUCCUUCUAUACUGUCUCAGUUUCCAUCAAAGUCCACUUCCGGAAGUUGGAUUUUCCUGCGGUCACCAUCUGCAAUAUCAACCCCUACAAGUACAGCACCGUGCACCACCUUCUAGCUGACUUGGAACAGGAGACCAGAGAGGCCCUAAAGUCCCUGUACGGCUUUCCAGAGUCCCGGAGGCGCCGAGAGGCAGAGUCCUGGAGCUCCGUCUCAGAGGGAACGCAGCCUAGAUUCUCCCACCGGAUCCCACUGCUGAUCUUUGAUCAGGAUGAGAAGGGCAAGGCCAGGGACUUCUUCACAGGGAGGAAGCGGAAAGUCGGUGGUAGCAUCAUUCACAAGGCUUCAAAUGUCAUGCACAUCGAGUCCAAGCAGGUGGUGGGAUUCCAACUGUGCUCAAAUGACACCUCCGACUGUGCCACCUACACCUUCAGCUCGGGGAUCAAUGCCAUUCAGGAAUGGUAUAAGCUGCACUACAUGAAUAUCAUGGCACAGGUGCCUCUGGAGAAGAAAAUCAACAUGAGCUAUUCUGCUGAGGAGCUGCUGGUGACCUGCUUCUUUGAUGGAGUGUCCUGUGAUGCCAGGAAUUUCACACUUUUCCACCAUCCAAUGCAUGGGAAUUGCUACACUUUCAACAACAGAGAAAAUGAGACCAUUCUCAGCACCUCCAUGGGGGGCAGUGAAUAUGGGCUGCAAGUCAUUUUGUACAUAAACGAAGAGGAGUACAACCCAUUCCUCGUGUCGUCCACUGGAGCUAAGGUGAUCAUCCAUCGGCAGGACGAGUAUCCCUUCGUCGAAGAUGUGGGAACAGAGAUUGAGACGGCAAUGGUCACCUCUAUAGGAAUGCACCUGACAGAGUCCUUCAAGCUGAGUGAGCCCUACAGUCAGUGCACGGAGGACGGGAGUGACGUGCCAAUCAGGAACAUCUACAACGCUGCCUACUCGCUCCAGAUCUGCCUUCAUUCAUGCUUCCAGACAAAGAUGGUGGAGAAAUGUGGGUGUGCCCAGUACAGCCAGCCUCUACCUCCCGCAGCCAACUACUGCAACUACCAGCAGCACCCCAACUGGAUGUAUUGUUACUACCAACUGCAUCGAGCCUUUGUCCAGGAAGAGCUGGGCUGCCAGUCUGUGUGCAAGGAAGCCUGCAGCUUUAAGGAGUGGACACUAACCACAAGCCUGGCACAAUGGCCAUCUGUGGUUUCGGAGAAGUGGUUGCUGCCUGUUCUCACUUGGGACCAAGGCCGGCAAAUAAACAAAAAGCUCAACAAGACAGACUUGGCCAAACUCUUGAUAUUCUACAAAGACCUGAACCAGAGAUCCAUCAUGGAGAGCCCAGCCAACAGUAUUGAGAUGCUUCUGUCCAACUUCGGUGGCCAGCUGGGCCUGUGGAUGAGCUGCUCUGUUGUCUGCGUCAUCGAGAUCAUCGAGGUUUUCUUCAUUGACUUCUUCUCUAUCAUCGCCCGCCGCCAGUGGCAGAAAGCUAAGGAGUGGUGGGCCCGGAAGCAGGCCCCCCCAUGUCCAGAAGCUCCCCGCAGCCCACAGGGCCAGGACAAUCCAGCCCUGGAUGUAGACGAUGGUCUACCCACUUUCAACUCUGCUUUGCACCUGCCUCCAGCCUUAGGAACCCAAGUGCCGGGCACACCACCCCCCAAAUACAAUACCUUGCGCUUGGAGAGGGCCUUUUCCAACCAGCUCACAGAUACCCAGAUGCUGGAUGAGCUCUGAGGCAGGGUUGAGAAGACAGAUCUAGUCAGGACCACCAGCCAUGGUCUAAGGACAUGGACCGGGUGCCCCCAGAUGUGCGCACAGGGGACCCUCUGCCCCACUCUGGGCUUUUCAGAGACUCUGACCAAAAAGCCUGCUUUAAACCGCAAGAUGGGGCCUGGGCAUGUGCAGGAGGACCCAUCGGGUACUAUGCAGCAACACUCACAACUGUCCAGGCUGAGAUAAAUCUCGGGACCUGAACUAUUAGCACGUCACUAGAGACUGGGGGCCGAGGCAGUGGUGCUGGCCCAGGCGAAGGCCAGAGUGAGGACCGAUGCAGCUCUGUACGGGUCUUGAGAGGGAAGGACUCUUCCAAAGCUCCAAAGCCGAGGGUUUCACCCACACUGCCAGCCUGGGUUGGGGCCCAAGGAUGUGACCUUGAUUGUCAAGGCUGGACAGCUCCUCCUGGAUGCCAAAGAUAGGAGAAAAUGCCAGCCCUGAAGCUGGAGCCAUUUGUGAAUAAACUGUUCUUCGACAUUGACGCUGGAGAAAGGUGUCCUCCAUGCCCUCAGGCAGCAGAGAACUGGCCCAGGGCCCUUGGAGUGUUGGUGGAGAUCAGAGUGCCGUGGUGGAGGUCUGGGACUAUGUUAGAGUGUCCUCACUUUGGGGCAGAGGUGGGCCCAGAAGAUGGAUCUGAUUAUCCAAUUUUGUGGAUGAAGAAAUUGAGGCACAGAAAGAUUAAGUUACUGGCCCAAGGUGACACAGUGAGGAGGUGGCAGAGCUAGGAUUUGAACUCAGACAAUCUGACUCCAUGAUUUUGCACCCAAUUUGUGUCUGUGCCUUUUAAAGGGUGAGGCCUAUGUCACUUUGGGUGGGGACGGGGAGCAUGGUGGGCCAUGCUCUGGGCAGCUGUUCCAAGACAGAGCUGACCUCUCCAUCACCAAUGGCCUGUCCCUCACUGACAAGCCAACUGCCACAGAUGACCCACUUCAUACUACAUUCACUCUUUCCACCUGAAAUGGCUAACAGGUAUUAAAUCCUUGGUUGGUGUUUAAAACCAACCCAAGAACAGGGUGUUAGGUACUGUUUUAAGCACCUAGGUAGGUUAGCAUAGGGGACUGCAAAUGGUGUUCCGCAAAGCAAAUCCUGUUUUUGACCAUGAACUAAGAAUUUUAUUUUAUUUUAUUUUAUUUUUUAUUUUUUGUAGAAAUCAGAUCUCACUAUGUUGCCCAGGCUGUUCUUGAACUCCUGGCCACAAAUGAUCUUCCCACCUCAGCCUCCCAAAAUGCAGGGAUUACAGGCACAAGCCACUGUGCCCAGCCAAGAAUUUUUAUUUUUGCUUUUAAAUAGCAAAAGAAGAAGAUUCUGUGACUCAUGAAAAUGAUGUGAGAUUUGAAUUUGACUGUCUAUAAAUAAAGUUUUAUUGGUACA